AAUUCCCUUGGUAGAAAAGCGACAUCUGCUACAGUGGGACAACGACAUCGCGUACCGGAAAGGAUCAACGAAGAUCUGGGUACCUAACUACCCUCCAUUGCACCAGUUACUACUCGAAGAAUACCAUGACGUCCUGUACGCAGGACACUUCGGUAGCAACAAGACGCUUACCGGUAUCGCCAAACACUACUACUGGCCCUACAUGGCAGAUGAUGUACAGAAAUUCGUCACCUCGUGCACUACAUGUCAGCAGAUGAAGAGCAGCAAGCAGAAAACGGUGGGUCUACUACAGCCUCUUCCUGUCCCGGAACAGCCAUGGCAAGUGGUCAGCCUAGACUUCAUCACCUGGCUACCAACUACCACAAGCGGUCAUGACAAGUUCUCCAAAAUGGGACACUUCAUCCCGACACACACGACAGCACGCACCAAGAAGACGGCACAACUCUUUGUUCACUACAUCAUCUCACAACAUGGCAUUCCAACCACACUCAUCUCCGACCGAGACCCUAAGUUCACCAGCAAGUUCUGGAAGGAACUAAUGUCUCUGCUCGGGACCAAUCUCGCCAUGUCAUCCGCAUACCAUCCGCACACAGACGGACAGACCGAGCGCCUCAACCAAAUUGUGGAGCACCUCCUCUGUGCAGCCUGCAAGGACGAAAUCUCCAAAUGGGACUUGCAUCUGCCCGUCCUGGAGUUUGCCUACAACAAUGCUACUCACGCCGCUACUGGACAGACGCCGUUCUUCCUCUGCUACGGACGCCACCCACUCACACCUCAACAGCCAAACAUACCAGCCACAGUGUAACAUUGCUUCGCCGUACACUAGUA